CACCAAGUAUAGAAUGAUGGCCUACAAAUAAUUAAUAAUACUAUAACAGCAAGUAAACGUCAAUCUCUUAAUGAAGUUUCCACCACUUAGUAACAAUACAUGACCGCAUUUGACUCAGGCCUCAAGACACUCCCCUUUAAAUUCUCUCCCACACUGCAUCUCUUCCACACCUUUACUCUUGCCUUUGCUUCACAAACAAAACCCAAACAUUUCCCCAGUUUUAACCUCCUCUUCUUCUUUCACUUCCACAAGAUUCAUUACUCGAUCAGCACAAUAACAAACACAAAAAAAAAACGCGUCGAGAAAAAUGUUCUCGUGUAAGUCCCUUAGACAAAGUGCAGAGAUGCUGCUAAAAGUUUUCUUAGUUCUCUUAUUGAACUUGGCUGGCCAUAAUAUCAACCACUGCUCUUACCUUCCUCAUGCCAGUCCAGAUUUCACAAACUUGAGCUCACUUGAUCUAGUAUCAUCACUUAAGAAACUCAAUCUAAAGGGUCAUUUUGAUUUAGACAAUACUCGUCGUGUAGCAAAAGACUUUGGUAACAGAUACCAUUUCCUUCCAAUGGCAGUUCUGUUACCAAAGACAGUCUCUGACAUCUCUACAACAAUCAAACAUGUUUUCAACAUGGGCCAUAACCCGGAGCUAACUAUUACAGCAAGAGGCCAUGGUCACUCGCUUCAAGGCCAAUCACAAAAUCAUGGUGGUAUUGUCAUCAACAUGGAAUCACUAGAAGAACCAAAGAUGCAUGUUAAGGCGGGGGAGCUACCCUAUGUAGAUGUUUCAGGGGGUGAACUGUGGAUAAACAUUCUGCAUGAGACCCUAAAACACGGACUAGCGCCUAAGUCAUGGACCGACUACCUUCAUUUGACCGUCGGGGGAACCCUAUCAAAUGCUGGGAUCAGUGGACAGGCAUUCAGACAUGGACCUCAGAUAAAUAAUGUCUAUCAACUGGAAGUUGUCACGGGAAAGGGAGAUAUAGUGAACUGUUCAGAAAAGCAAAACGCCGACCUUUUUUACGGCGUUCUUGGAGGACUAGGACAAUUUGGCAUCAUCACUAGGGCUAGAAUCUCUUUGGAACCGGCUCCCAAAAUGGUUAAAUGGAAUAGAGUGCUUUACUCAGAUUUCAACUUAUUUACCAAGGAUCAAGAACAGCUAAUAUCAUCAGAUAAUACAUUUGAUUAUAUUGAAGGAUUUGUCAUAAUUAACAGGACAGGACUUGUUAAUAAUUGGAGAUCUACCUUCAGUCCGAAAGAACCACUGCAAGCAAGUCAAUUCAGCUCUGAAGGGAAAACGCUCUAUUGCCUUGAAAUGGCCAAGUACUUUAAUCCUGAAGAUGCGAACAUUAUAAACCAGAAAGUAGAAUAUAUUUUGUCGAAGUUAAACUAUAUCCCCUACACAGUUUUCCAGUCAGAAGUAUCAUAUGUGGAUUUCUUAAAUAGAGUUCACAUAUCGGAAAUAAAGCUCCGAGAGAAGGGAUUAUGGGAUGUUCCUCAUCCCUGGUUAAAUCUCCUUGUUCCUAAAAGUAAGAUAUAUAAUUUUGCAGAAGAAGUAUUUGGUAAUAUCCUCACAGACACAAGCAAUGGUCCGAUCCUCAUCUAUCCAGUCAACCAAUCAAGAUGGAAUGACAAGACAUCUUUGGUGACCCCAGCAGAAGAUGUUUUCUACCUUAUAGCAAUUCUAACAUCUGCAUUGCCAUCUUCAUCUGGAUCAGACGGACUUGAAAAUAUAUUAACCAAGAAUAAAGGUAUACUCGAUUUCUGUGAGAAGGCUAAGCUUGGGGUAAAGCAAUAUCUUCCACAUUAUAACACUCAGGAUCAUUGGCGAGCUCAUUUUGGGCCUAAAUGGGAUGUAUUCGCAAGAAGGAAAUCAACCUAUGACCCUCUAUCAAUUCUCACGCCAGGACAAAGAAUCUUCUACAAAGGGAGAGCUCUUUCAUGAUAUUUACAUCAUCACAAGAACCUGAUUCAAAUAGGACGACCCAAAAACCAUUAAGACAGAAGCAUUGAAGUAAAGUCUGUAAGUAGACAAUCUACAUAACCGGCACAUCUUCUAGCACCCUAUUAUUUAGGGGUUCACAAAGGAGUACAGCAUUCAUUGAUGUACAUUCUAGUAUUUUCCUCUACACUGCUUUCAAUACAAUUUUGAACAAGACACUCA